CAGUCACGUGAUUUUUGGCGUGGCUAAGCAACGAAGGCAGUAUCGAAACAUCUACAAGCUUUAAACUUGUACGCUUAAAGGUUGAUUUAAGCCACGGGUGGUCCCCUGCGUCCUUUGCAUCACCUUAAAUAUCGGCAAAUUAUUUGAUAUUAAGCUAAGCUGUGUCCAUAUCAACAUCACCAUGGAAAGUGAAGUGACAGUAGUUUCCUGUCCAGUUGUGGAUGUGCGUCUAACAACUACCAUCUCCUCAUUUGAGGUGAAGCGCAGGUUCAAUAGAGGGAUUACUAUAGCAGAACUAAAGGGUAAAUUGGAGAUGAUUGUGGGUGCGCCGUCCUCUAACAUGAACCUGGAGUUAUACAGUGUAUCUGACAAGUUCCUGCAGAAAAUGGAUGAUGACGAGGCCUUGCUUGGUUCCUAUCCUAUUGAUGACGAGUGCAGAAUACAUGUUAUUGAUCGGAGUGGAGGUCAAAUGGACGAGUUCUCUGAUGUUUCUAAAGUGGAGAAGUUUGAAAUUUCAGAUGAAGCUUAUAACAAGAGAACAGACUCUGCAAGGUCAUUCAUGAAAAAUCGUCGUGUUGGUCAGUAUAAUGAGGAGGAAAUGGCCAAGAAGAAAGCUGAGCUUGCAGCUCGGAGAGAGGAAGAGAAGGUUGCUGCUAAUGCCAUUUCGGUCGGCAGCCGAUGCCAAGUGCAGGUUGCUGGUCAACCCACGAAGCUCGGUACAGUCAUGUAUGUUGGUACAACAGAUUUCAAGCAGGGCUACUGGGUGGGUGUGAAGUACGACGAGCCCCUGGGGAAGCACAACGGAACUGUUGAAGGGAAGCAGUACUUUGAAUGUGAGGACAAAUAUGGUGGAUUUGUGAAGCCCCAGAAUGUGACGGUGGGAGAUUUUCCAGAGGAGGAUUAUGGUUUAGAUGAGAUGUAGGACUGCAGUGUAAGAAAGGUUUUUGAUUAUUUUUGUUGAGUUUUCUUCUUCCCUGGAAGUCAUGAUCCAGAGAGUGGUUACUUAGGUCUUUUAGGUUUAACAUCACUCUCUGAUGCCAGACCAGCUUGAUUAAUAUGAGUGUCAGGUCUCUGGGUGUGCUCGAUGUGAUAAUCAUAGAGGAUAAUUACAUUAGGAGCUCAAACCAAAAGAGGGUUAAUGUUGCAUGUUAGGCAGCAUACUGAAGGUUAAUAAUGUAGCUGCUCACUUCAAGCACUCCUGGUCAGCCUAAUAAUUUGCUUUCGCAGUACUUGUUGCCCCAAAAUGUUCCUGAGGUGGGAGUCUUUUAUGUGAUGGAAAAUUGGUUGGGUAAUAAUUCACCGUUGCUCAUUUAUUUCUUAUCAAUCUGUAAAAAGAUGAUUGUAUAGAAUUGUUAAUAGUCAACUGUAGCAUUUGUUUUUUCAAAGAAUGUACAUUUCUUAAAGACUUCCCGUUCAAAACAUGAUUUAAUUACUCUUAGAGUAAAAAGAGGAAUUGUUCCUCAUGUUCCUAAUAUUGCUUUGUAUCAUUGUCUGAUUGAAACUGAGGAAAAACAUUUUCGAGCUGUCACAAUGCAUAUUACUCACCAUGUCAUGUUUCAGUGAACGUGAAACUGACAUUUCAACAGGAAUUAAUUUAAAUACCCAAAUAACAGCAGCCUCAUCUUUGCCACUCACCCUCACACCCUUACCUUUAUUUCCUUGAACUGUUGGUCCUAUUUGCUGUAUUAAAGUUAUUGCCAGGUUCAUACUGUAAGCACACAACCCAUGGAAAAGGAAUGUGGGAGAUACUCUUUUUCCAAGCAACUAUAAGUUCCUCAAAUUUCAAUUUGUGUUUCUGUGUAGUAUGAUAGCAACCCAAUUUAAAAUUUCAAUUUUUUAAAAAAAUAAAUGUGACCUUUUCAUACUAACUCACUGUAAUAGUGACCUUUAUUAAUUUGAAAUGUAAAUUAAGGCUCAGUAUGUUGACUUCAUAAAAUGUGAGCCAUCAAAAUCAAUGUUGGUCAUUUAAACCAACCUCUCUCGUUAACUAAUGGAGGACAACUUCAAAAAACGAAUGAAAGCAGACACUUAGAAAAAGUCCAUUUGAUACUCAAGCCUUUGUAUUUCAGUUUGAAAUGUACAAAAGUUGUAACACAAUUCCAUUUAAGGAGCUAAAUUUUUAUGACUGCAGCCCUAUGUAAACACGAAACAUUAAGUUAUACGUAGAUAAAGCACUUUUUAUUUUUGUACCGUGAACUUUCCAGAAAUGUCUGUCAGUCAUCCCUGUAAUAAAUAAUUCUUUUGGUGAGGCGUUUGGUAUGCUGUGACAUGAUAUACUUACUGUUCUGAAUAGUAAAGUGUACCAUUUGUGUGUAAUCUGAUUCUUCCCAAUACCGAACAGUUACAACAUCACUUUCCAUUGAGCAAGCCCUUUCUUUUGCUUUUGAAAUUUACAAGUGAAUCAUAUGCCUUAUUCAUGUCUUGUUUUAUGUUUGAUUCAAAAUGGUUUGAUCCUCUGAAGUUUACCAAAAAAAUUUUUUUUGUUUUCAUUUCAAUUAUAUUUCAUUCGUACGAACAUGGAGUUUUCUUCUGUUCCCCCUUUUUUAAAUUGCCGAUCUCUAAGGUGCUGUUGUUACUAUGUGCCAAAGUGUAAUGCUUGCUAAUAAAAUGAUUUGCCUGUG